GAGCUCUCCACACUGACCGGUACUCAAGUCCUGCUGCUGGUGGCCAGCGAGACGGGCCAUGUGUACACAUUUGCCACACGGAAGCUGCAGCCCAUGAUCACCAGUGAGACGGGGAAGGCGUUGAUCCAAACGUGCCUCAACUCCCCGGACUCGCCCCCGCGCUCGGACCCGACCACUGACCAGCGCAUGAGUGCCACGGGCUUUGAAGAGACAGACCUCACCUACCAGGUGUCAGAGUCGGACAGCAGUGGGGAGACCAAGGACGCACUGAAACCAGCGUUCACUGUCACCAACCUGCCGGGGACAACGUCCACCAUCCAGACAGCCCCCACCACCUCGACCUCCAUGCAGGUCAGCAGUGGCCCAUCAUUCCCCAUCACUAAUUACCUGGCGCCAGUGUCUGCCAGCAUCAGCCCCAAUGCCGUCACCAGUGCCAACGGGACAGUGCUGAAGACUACUGGAGCCAGUGCAGUGACAUCUGGGGGCCUCAUGCCGAUACCCACUGGCUUCACCCUCAUGUCAGGUGGUACCAUGGCUCAGCAGGUCCCAGUCCAGGCGAUCCAGGUGCACCAGGCACCACAGCAAACGUCUCCCUCUAGUGACAGCAGCACUGAUCUUACCCAGACCUCUUCCAGCGGAACAGUGACCCUCCCGGCGACCAUCAUGACGUCGUCUGUGCCAACCACUGUGGGUGGCCACAUGAUGUACCCCAGCCCACAUGCGGUGAUGUAUGCGCCCACAUCUGGCCUUGCGGAUGGCGGACUUGCAGUCCUCAACGCUUUUUCACAGGCGCCCUCAGCAAUGCAGGUGUCCCACGGCCAGGUCCAGGAUCAGGGUGGCGUCCCUCAAGUGUUCCUGACAGCCCCAUCAGGCACUGUUCAGAUCCCAGUCUCAGCUGUCCAGCUUCACCAGAUGGCUGUCAUCGGGCAGCAGAGCAGCAGUGGCAGCAGCCUGACGGAGCUGCAGGUGGUCAACUUGGACACUUCACACAGCGCCAAGAGUGACUGAGAGGCCUCUGCUGCUGGCCUUGUGCUGUUCCUGGCUUGUCGUGCCAGUGCCGGGGCUGGCGGCAAUUCCUUCUCGUACAGACUGCACCAGUUAUUUAUUGUUGCCUUUUCACGUUUCCUUCAUCCACACAUGCACACACACACACACGCACCCACCCCCCUACACACAUACACACAGGCAUGCGCGUGGGGCUGCAGGACCCACCUGGGUUGGAGCUGUGCUGGGGCCAUGCAGGGCUUGGGGGCGUUUGGAUGCUGCGAUAGCCGUACUUGUCUCACGCCAGCCAAAGAAACUUGUCUCUUGAUGGGAGGAUUGCUCUGCGCUGUAAAUAAAUACUGCGGGCCAUUCCCAGCUGGAGGCUCUGGCUCCUUCUGGGCGCUCUGAGUCACCUUGCCCAUGAGUGUUUGCUCUGCGUGGGGGUCAGCUCAGACCCAGAGCCGUCCUGCAGGCGCAGCUCGCAGUGGAGCGGGCCGAGGCUGUGCUGCUGGCCUCAGCAAUGUGCCUUUGUGGGGGUGACGGGUCCUGGCUGCAGCAACUCACCCUGGGCUCUGGCCAGAGGAGAGUGGCCAGCUUGCUGUGCAUCUCUGGUUGGGCCUGUGCGCCCUCCUUCUGGAGGGCAGGGCACAGCCUGUGGCACAUGGCCUCGUCCUCCUCCUAUGCACUACAGUGAGCCCUCUGCCCUCAGUGCCUCCUUGCUGGGCUGCCUGGCGGAUUUGCAGCCUGGCUUCCCGGCAGCUGCCGUUGCACAGCAGAGGUGGUCGGUGGAUGCCCAGGAGCACAACGAUGCCCCAGAGAACUCCUGGGAGGCUCUGUGGCCGGCCCAGCCCCACACUCUCCUCUCAGCCCUCACACUGCUUGCGGACUCUGUACAC